CACACUCCGGGCGUCGGGGAUCGCGUGACGAUCUCCGGCCGCCGUUAGUGCGGGUCUGCGGACGGAGAGCAAGGGAAAGCUCGCCAUCUGACCAGAUCCAGACCGUGUUUCGUGCGCGCUUCAAAGAGCCAUCAGACUAUCACAGAUGGGGCCAGUAGGGCUAAUGCCUGAUCCGGAGCUACGGACUACCUAGCGGAUUCACCGGGGCUCUGGCUCGAAAAGCAGGAAUAGGAACGGGGUGGUUUUUGGUCAGUAAGUGUCUGACACUCCCUCUCGCCUCGCCCAGAACGGGAGAAGUCAUUGGACGACUUUCCUCCCUUAUAAAAAUGUAUCCUGUAGGUGAAUACAAUUUAAGACUCGGUAAUAAACCAAAGUAUUAUUAUGAUUUUGUUUUCGUUCUUGGAGUCAUUUGUGUUAUUAUAAAUUUGAGCAUUUUCUGUAUCUCAGCUGUGGCGCUUGCAAUCACUAGAUAAGUUAAGUAGAUAUUAUUAUUAAUAACAUUUUUUAUUAAUUGAUAUGAUGGUUGCUAUGUUGAUAUUAUUCUAUAAUAUAAAAAUAAGUCGGGCUUUCCUUCCUGACGCUAUAACUCCAGAACGCACGAACCGAUUUCCACGAUUUAUUUCAGAAAAAUUUUCAAGAGAAAAUCAGGAAAACAGGGAAAAUCAUUGGUGGCAAAACGGAUUACGCCGAGUUUGCUAGUUAUAUAUAUAUACGCUACCUUCCACAGCAAUAGGAAUGCAGCAGGUUGCUCAACUGUUUGAUAAAUAAUGAUACAAGUUGGAAGCGGGCGACAUGAGGCAGCAGCGGACGACGUGUUGUUGCUUCAUGUCGCUACGACACGUCGUUACGACUGGUCACUGCAGUCAUGAUUUCAAACUAUAAUAGCGGCACUACUGAUUCGCAGUCGGGCGGUAUUGACAUCUACCUCUCAGCUAAGCUAUGUUUUUUAUAUGGGAAGAUGCGUGCAAUGGAUGGCUUCAUUAGACAUCGCAUACUCGAGCUGCGCAUCUUCCUCGCACAUCUACUUUGCGACGGCGCAUCUUCAUAGCACAUCUUACUCGAAAAGUUACAUAGAUUAGUAUCGGUGGAAACGGUCACAUAGUUUCACAACUUAGCUAUAUUACAUCUUCGUAACAUAUAGCAAGAAAAACAUUAAAACACCCUUAUGUUGGUAAGAUAUGUUUGGGCGCGAAACUUCGCGGUGAAGCGACCGUGAAGUUUCGCGCGGAGUGUCAAUACGCUGGUCGAGUGUGAAUAUUAAAAUGACAGUCCGUUGUCAUGUAAAUGUUUGGAAUAUAUUCAAGCUUGACAAGACUUCUAAAACGACAUGAACAUCAACUGUCAAAAAUUUUAAAGGAGUCUUGGGAAUUUAUAAUAAACUUAAAAACAUUAGUAGCUACAAUAUGGUUCAUGUUCCUGUAUUACUUGUUUAGUAUAUUUGAAAUGCAAAGAAGUAUUAGUUUAGAAAAAAUAAAUGAUACAGAGGUGGUGGCAAAUGCAAGAAAUACUGCUCUUAGACAUAUUUCACCAGACGUUGUUAUACCCCAGAGAAGAAGGUUCAAGCCAUCAGGGAGCAUAUUUGAACAAUAUUGUAUAACUAUUAAGCCAAAACUAUUCAGAAGCAGCUCCUUGUCCGAACUCACGCCGCAAUCAAGUGAUUUCAGUGAGUGACCCAUUCCGCUUGACUAUUUCAAGAGUAGGGUUAAAGCUGGGAAUAGACGCAAAGAAUCAUAUUUCAACAGCUGUGGCGAUACCAACGUAAACAUUUGUGCUCACCAUACCGACACAUUAAUGUCGUGGAACUUUAAAGGAAAAAAGCCGAAGAAAAAACAAGAAAUGUCACCUGAGUCGUAUGCGUCCAAGUUUGCCGUCGAUUACAUAAACAGUUACCAAGGAGAAGACGCCGACCCGAAUGCUUCGUCAUGUGCAGACAAUUCCAGUGUUGAAAGCACGGAUCAUUUGGGCAUGCAGAAAGGAGCAGCCUUUCCAUUUAAGUCGACUCCAAGCGGCAACUUGAAAGUUCAAUCGAAUCAAGUUGUAUUCCAAUCGUCCACGGUAGGGGUGUUGUUGGCUGAUCCUACGCAAGCUAAAGUUAAAGUCAAAAUCGAAGGGAAAGCAGGAGGAGAGCCUGAUGAUGAAAUCUCACAAAACUUUGAACAAGAAGAGGACUUGGAACCACAACUCCAAUUUGGACCUAGAGAGACUCUCAAUGCAAAUAUGCAAACGAAACCGGUAAUGCUGAGUGAUCGGACAGGAAAAAUGAAACCACCACUCGAAGUUAGAGAACGAGAAGAUAAAGGAAAGGACCUUGGUAGUCUCGGGUACACCAUGGGGGAACCCAUAGACUGGAUGCGAGUACAGCUCCCGAAGAAACAAGAUCUGUUUCAAGAGUUUUAUCGUAGAAUCAAUAACUACAUAAACACGGACACCGUCAUACAUAUAGGCGAUGAGGAGUUCCAUUGCCACUACAUCGUGCUGCAAGUCUACUCCUCAUUUUUCGACAUGAAUCCGCAUAGAGAAAUUGAACUACCUAUUGCAAAUGUGACACCUGAGGCUUUUCAAACAAUUUACGAAUGGAUGAUUUUUAACGGUGUCGAAAGUAACAAAAUGUUGAAGAGAGACAACAUCCUAGAUCUGUUCUACGCUGCCCAGUAUCUUGCUAUCAAAGACCUAGAAGACCAAUGUUGGUCUUUCAUCGUGAAUGAAAAUCUCUUUUCUGAAGACACAGCUUUUGCACUGUUCAGGGAAGCCAGGAAAAAGGGCAUGACGCCUGUAAUGGACUUAAUGGUACCUCGUGUGAUGAGAUUUUUCUUGCCAUUGGUCGCCUCAAAAGAUUUCAUACAUUUGGAGCCGGAGGAGCUCAUGAUAUUUCUGAAAUCUAAUUAUAUAUCUGUGACAAGCGAGAUAGAAGUGUUGAUGGCUGGUGUGCGGUGGCUGUACGGUGAUUGGUCAGCUCGCAGGCAGUAUGCGGUAGACGUGAUGCGCUGCGUCAGGUUUGGGCUCAUCUCCCCCUGGCAGCUCGUUGACAUCAAGAGGAACCCUGACAAUGCUGAGAUACUGGAAAUUGUGAACGAACCUGAAGUGCAGCAGAUGGUCGAUGAUGGACUUGCGUACGUCAUAAUAAAAUAUUGGUACGGCAACAAUUCCAAGAACUAUUAUCACUGGAUCGAUGUCCUUGGAUUGACGGAACCGGCCGAGAGGAACUGGAUCGGCGAGGAAAAGAAUCAUGUGACGUACAAAGACUUUCUGCAGUAUUUGGAACAGUUUAUGGUUCCCAAGGACCAGAUGUACCAACAGAUGGCCAUGAUGCAACCACCGAGGAGGAAUGACGAUAAUAUACCUGGCACUAUGCGGGGCAUGGACAAUGAUAAAAUGGAAAUGCGAAGACCUAAAAUGGACUUUCCUCUACCAGCCACGCUGAAAGGACUUGCUGGCGAUAAGGACAAAUCUUUUCCGACCAUGAGUGAGUUUUUCGAAAACCGGAGACAGGUUAGAAAACAGCAGAAUCAAGAAGGUCAACAGUCGAUAUCUCCGUCAAAUAGAUCACCGCCUUCAAUGGAGGUGGAAAUGGCUAUGCCUAUCUUGGCUGAAUCUAGAAUGAGAGGUCCCGAACUCGCUUGUAAACACCAAAAGCAAUUUGAGGAACAAAGAAAACUAAAAGAGCUGCAGAAGCAACAAGAAUUGGCGCAACAGCAACGACGCAAACAAAUUCAACAGAUACACAUGUGCUCUGUCGAACCAGACGCCGUUUCAAACAAGCAGGAACAAAUUUACGAACCUCCAGAGAAGGACUCCGCAGAAGACCUGAACACCACCAACAGUGAAACCAGCAGUGGAACUGCUGAGACUAGCAUCGCUGACAAAAACCAGUAUGCAAUGCGAAGAACAGAAAAACGACAUAGUGUAGCAGCUUCAUAUCUUGCCGCUGCAACCGCAGCUUUGGCAGGAUCACGAAGCCCAACUUCUGGAAGUCGACCAUCGCCGCCAGCAAAUGCGUCACGAUCUGAGGCGACCCCGCGGCCCAAUGCACCCCUGUCACAGAACAACAUCGGGAGUCCACAGAUAUCACUCUUCAACCAGUCAAAGGAGUCACUGGCUAAGAAUAACAUGAACAAAUUGUCCACGUCUAUAUUGGGACCUUCGAACAAGAACUACAUCGCUGACGGUUCCUUGUUCAAUUGGGAUAGGGAGACUGUUCUCGUUUUCGGUGGGAUCGAUCACUUGACUACGUAUGGAUUCGGAGGGAACAUUGGAAAGUAUAUCUACAGGUUCGAUCCAGUGACCAAUGUUUGGGAUUACGUGGGAGAUCUGCCGGAGCCAAGACAUCAUCACUCGGUGGCCUUUUUACGAGGCCGAGUCUAUCUUGUGGGUGGUGCUGAUCCCCGUGAUGACGACAUACGAGGAAAGUCUGCAGUAGUGUCAACCGUGUGGAGCUUUGAGCCAGUGUCUCGUUCGUGGUUCAGUGAAAGUGGGCUGAUGACGCCGAGGAAGAACUUUGGACUCGUGGUACACCGCAUGGCCAUGUACGCCAUUGGAGGACUUGAUAAGAAGGGAAGAGUGCUACGUUCAGUAGAAAAGUUCGACCCUAAGACGGGAUCCUGGAGUGAAGUGCGUUCGAUGAGCGUGUGUCGAAUGGCCCUGGCUUGUGCGAAGUACCGCGAGUAUAUCUGGGUGGCAGGUGGCAUGACGGGAGAGAAGAAAAAACCUGUCUGCAAGAUCGUUGAGUGCUAUAACUCAACUACUAAUGAAUGGACAGAAAUACACAGUCUGCGAUUUCCCAGAUGUUUCUCCACAAUGUUUGCAAUGAACGAUAAAUUGUACAUCGUUGGCGGAGCUGGGAAAGUUUCAGAUAAGGAACAGACGGUCACUAGUGUCGGCGCCAUUGACGUUUGGGACUGGAAGCUGCGUAAAUGGAGGCAGGAGACGGAGAUGUCCAUGCCCAGACAUGGCCAUGCGUUGGCCUACCUUGGAACACAGCUCAUCAUUAUUGGUGGUGUGACUACUAUUUACAUGCGCGCGUUGAACAACGUGGAAUCGUUUUGCUGCGAGCGUGGGGCGUGGAUACGAGGCGUGGCCACGCUGCCCUCGCCGCUCUCCGGCCACGGCGCCGUGACGCUACCCCCUGCUUCGCUAAUGUGACCGGUAUUAUGUGUUUCAGCAGACAUAUUCGUCGGCCACCAGUCUGCUAGCUCGCUAGCCUGUCCGCUCGACGAGACCCAAAUUGUUUUACUUUAUGACAGGAGAUUGUGUCUGCCGUGGAACCUAGGAGUACUUUAAGUGCACUGUAACUGUAGCGUAUAAACAUUUUGCGAGAACUUUGAAAUUUUCAGUACAUUUUGACGUGUCUACAAUAGUAAGUUAUUGAAAUCGUGAGUGUCUUGUGAUUGUACCCUGAGAGAAAUUCUAGUAAGCGUUAAAUUAUUAUUUAAACGUAUGUUCAAACGUUUUGUGAUAUAAAUAUAAUAUUCGACUCGUUCCAA